CCCGGAGACCGGAGGCCGGCCCGGGGCUGCGGCGUCUGUGCGCUUUCCGGCCCGGCCCGACCCGGCCCGGCCCGGCGCGGCAUGGGUCGGGUGCAGCUCUUCGAGAUCGUCCUGAGACACGGCCGCGCCGUGUACAGCCCCGGGGAGCCGCUGGCCGGAGCCGUGCGCGUGCGUUUGGGAGCGCCGCUGCCCUUCCGAGCCAUCCGGGUGACUUGUACCAGCUGCUGCAGGGUCUCCAGCAAGCCCCAUGACACGUCCUCGGUGGCGGAGGAGGGCUACAUGAGCAGCUCUCUGGCUCUGGCCGACAAGGGGAGCCUGCCCAGUGGAGAACACAGCUUUCCCUUCCAGUUCCUGCUUCCUGCCACAGUGCCCACAUCCUUCGAGGGUCCCUUUGGGAAGAUCAUACACCAGGUGCGGGCUACCAUCGACACGCCCCGAUUCUCCAAGGACCACCAGUGCAGCCUUGUGUUCUACAUCCUGAGUCCCCUGAACCUUAAUAGCAUCCCGGACAUUGAUCAGCCCAAUGUGGCCGCCACCACCAAGAAGUUCUCCUACAAGCUGGUGAAGACGGGCAGCGUGGUGCUCACUGCCAGCACCGAUCUACGCGGCUACGUGGUUGGGCAGGUGUUGAGGUUGCAGGCGGACAUUGAGAACCAGUCGGGCAAGGAUACCAGCCCCGUGGUGGCCAGUUUGCUGCAGAAAGUGUCCUACAAGGCCAAGCGCUGGAUCUAUGAUGUGCGGACCAUUGCUGAAGUGGAGGGCACAGGUGUGAAGGCCUGGUGCCGGGCACAAUGGCAGGAACAAAUCCUGGUGCCCGCUUUGCCCCAGUCGGCCCUGCCGGGCUGCAGCCUCAUCCAUGUGGACUAUUACCUACAGGUCUCACUGAAGGUGCCGGAAACCUCGGUGACCCUCCCUGUCUUCAUUGGUAACAUCGCCGUGAACCACGCCCCAUUGAGCCCUCAGCCAGGGCCAGGUCUGGCGCUGCCUUCCGGUGCCCCAGUACCCUCAGCGCCACCCCAGGAGGAGGCCGAGGCUGAAGCUCGGGGGCCUCUGUGCCAGGACCCUGUCUCGCUCUCCACCAAGAGCCACUCCCAGCAGCAGUACCCGGCCAUGGCCUUCCAUUCUGUGCCAGGUGCUCCUGAGCCCCGCCCUUGGGAGGGCAGUCCUGCCCCCCAUCCGGUGCCCCCUCCUUUGUGCAUCUCCACAGGUGCCACAAUCCCCUACUUCACAGAAGGCUCUCAGGAGCCCAUCCCCACCACCAGCACCUUGAUCCUGCCUCCUGAGUACAGCUCGUGGGGGUUCCCCUAUGAGGCUCCGCCCUCCUAUGAGCAGAGCUGCCUGACCCCCCCGAGUUGACCCUCACUGCCGUCCAUCCAUGCGGGCUGACUUCUGUCCUCGUGCCUUGACCCUAGUCCAGCCCGGCCCACUCAGGACCUUCUGCUGCCUGGCACGCCCGUCUGUGCCACCUUCAGACCAGCCUCUGCAGCUUCAGCAUUGUCAUCCCCUUCCCCAGGCUGAAGACACUCAUGUAAAUAAAAUGCCCAUUUAUAGUG